GUAGUUCUGCAGGUGGACGAUUAUUAUUCCUCCGUGUUUCUCAUGGAUGUCACUUUGACCAGGCUCGAGAAUCAGCUGAGCGAUUUGACCAAGUUGGCGGACAAUUUUGGGCUGUUGGAUGACGUGAAAUCAAAAUGGGAGACUUCACUGAGGCUUUGCAACGAUGCAUCCAGUGUCGGGCCUUUGACCAUGGCAGGGACCAUUUUCUUGCAGAUUGUGGCGUUGGUCGUGUCCUUCUUCAUGGCCGUCGAAUAUUUCCUCCGUUACGCUCCCAGGAUCCGUUCUCGUCUGUCCGACUUCCUUCUGGAUGCCUUGCUGCUGGACACUGAGGAGUCCAAUGAGACGUUCUUGGAGGCCGCAUUUCUGGCCCUGCCCUACUUGGUCCUGGUUGUGGUGUUCCUGUUACAGCUCUUGUGCCGAAAGACGAGUCGGAAGAGGCCGCGACCCACGGAGGUGCUUUAUGAAAAGUAUUUUGGGUUGCGCGGAGCUUACUACCCCUUCAAGGUGGCGAUCUUCCAAUGCUUCACCGUUGCGGUGCAGGCCUUGGGAAAGAUCUCCUUGUUGGGCGGCCUCGUUACCUUCGCCCAAGAAGAACAAGAUGCGACUGCCAUUCUUUGGCUUAGUGUCGGCUUCUGGGCUUUCUUUGCCCUACUCUGUUGGAACAGUCUCUAUCCCGCCUUUCUUCUGAUGUUCCCUGACACUGCCUGGGCUCGAAUUGGAGCAGCAUUUAUGGAUGCUGCUUUGGACCUGGGCUACAUCUUGACCUACCUGGGUAUGGUUUUGGUGGCCAUGCUGCGAUUGCAGACAGUGUCCGAAGGCUGGGGAAAUUUUGGCGAGGACUUGACGUUGCAAUUCAGCAAUCGUAUCAGCCCUGUGUUCGCCUUUCCCACUGACUUUCUGGGCUAUGGCGCCGUGUAUUUCAACUUAGCACACGCAUGCUGCAUUGCACACAUUUUGCAGCACAUCAAUUGGAGCUUGCCAGUGCGACCCAGGGGCGAGCGCCAAAAACGGAGAGUUCUUCCAGCACUAUUUGGGUGCUCCCUUUCCAUUGGGCUCCUUUCGAUGCUGGUGAUUCUCCUUGUCACGCAGGACGUUUUUCCAAUGACCCAUGGACAGGACUUCACGUGUUUUCCGUGCCGUUGCUCUGACAAUGCUGACUCGGCUGGCCAACAGAUUGACAGCUGCACCAUUGCAGCCGUCCUCAGACAGAAGCAGGUGAACCUGGCUGCGAAGAACAUCACUGCCGUGGACCCAAAGGCUUUCAGCUCACUUGGACAUGUGCAGCGCCUGUCAUUGGCGAACAACACCUUGAUCCACCUGCCUCCGGGUCUCUUCGAAGGUCUAUCAUCUUUGGAGCAGUUGGACUUGACACGCGUUGAGCUGCAAAGACUUCACGACGAUUCCUUUCGGGGAUUGGAGCAGCUGAAACUAUUAGCGCUGAGCGACAACCAGCUCACCGAGCUCUCGGCUGCGAUGCUGCAAUAUUUGCCGCUGUUAAAGCAGCUUCUCUUGGGCGGCAAGCGGGACAAGCAAAACAAUGACAGAGUCAUCGUGAAGGGCAAUCGCAUCGAGGAGCUCGGGGCCAUCUUCAAACACAACGAACAGCUUCAGGUGAUCGACCUCAGCGAAAACUGGCUCCAGAAGGUUGACCCAGCUACGUUUGCAGGACUAAAGAAGCUCCGAUGGCUGAGCUUAAGCUACAACUUUUUGACGACAAUUCCUACAGAGACUUUCCAAGGACUUGGCCAACUGCAGCUACUCUAUCUGAGCUUCAACCAGUUGACGACACUUCCUGCAGGGACGUUCCAAGGCCUUGGUCAACUGCAGAAACUCUAUCUGGGCGGCAACCAGUUGACCAGAAUUCCUGUGGGAACAUUCCAAGGCCUUGGUCAACUGCAGGAACUCUAUCUGGGCGGCAACCAGUUGACCACAAUCCCUGCGGGAACAUUCCAAGGACUUGGCCAACUGCAGGAACUCGUUCUGUACGGCAACAAGUUGACGACAAUUCCUGCAGGGACAUUCCAAGGCCUUGAUCAACUCCAGAUACUCGAUCUGCGCGGCAACCAGUUGACCAGAAUUCCUGCAGAGACAUUCCAAGGCCUUGGUCAAUUGCGUGAACUCAAUCUGGGCGACAACCAAUUGACGACAAUUUCUGCGGGGACAUUCAAAGGCCUUAGUCGCCUUCAGAAACUCUAUCUGGAGUACAACCCUUGGAAUUCUUGGAGCGUUUGCAUUAAUUCUUCCUCGUUUCCGCUGCUGAAUGAUUUGCGGGGCGUAAGCUUUUGCUAA